CCCGCUCCGCCGCCCCGCGCCGCGCUCCGCACCUCGUCACCAUGUCGGGCAGCGGCGGCGGCAGCAGCACCGGCAACGCGGUGAAGAAGAGGAGCCCGGCGGGCUCGGCCUCCUCGCUGGCGCAGGAGGAGGAGAAGCAGGCGAUGGAGAAGAUGCUGGAGACGGCGAGCGGUGGGGCGCAGGAGAACGGUUGCGCCCGCUCGCCCUCGCCCUGCGCCUCCGCCGAGGGUGAAGGGGUGACCCUGCAGCGCUCCAUCACGCUGCUCAACGGCGUGGCCAUCAUCGUGGGCACCAUCAUCGGUUCCGGCAUCUUUGUCACCCCCACGGGUGUUCUGCGAGAGGCCGGUUCGCCGGGGCUGUCUCUGGUGGUGUGGGCCGUCUGCGGGGCCUUCUCCAUCGUGGGUGCCCUCUGCUACGCUGAGCUGGGCACCACCAUCACCAAAUCCGGCGGGGACUAUGCCUACAUGCUGGAGGUGUACGGCUCCCUGCCCGCCUUCCUCAAGCUCUGGAUAGAGCUGCUCAUCAUCCGGCCCUCCUCGCAGUACAUCGUGGCUCUGGUCUUUGCCACCUACCUGCUCAAGCCCAUCUUCCCCACCUGCCCGGUGCCCGACGAGGCUGCCAAGCUGGUGGCCUGUCUCUGUGUCCUGCUCCUCACAGCAGUGAACUGUUACAGCGUGAAGGCUGCUACUCGUGUUCAGGAUGCCUUUGCCGCGGCAAAACUGCUGGCGCUGGCUUUGAUCAUCAUUCUUGGCUUCGUGCAGCUUGCAAAGGGUGAUGUGACAAACCUGACUCCCGAGCACUCCUUCGAAGGCACGAAAGUAGGUGUGGGGAACAUCGUCUUGGCUUUGUACAGCGGCCUCUUUGCCUACGGAGGAUGGAAUUACUUGAAUUUUGUUACGGAAGAGAUGAUCAAUCCCUACAGAAACCUGCCUCUGGCUAUCAUCAUCUCGCUACCUGUAGUCACUCUGGUUUAUGUGCUGACAAACUUGGCUUACUUCACGACCCUGUCGACGGACCAGAUGCUGACGUCCGAAGCCGUGGCUGUGGAUUUUGGGAACUACCACCUUGGCGUCAUGUCCUGGAUCAUACCCGUCUUUGUUGGCUUAUCGUGCUUUGGAUCUGUUAAUGGAUCUCUCUUCACUUCUUCCCGGCUGUUCUUCGUGGGAUCCCGAGAAGGACACUUGCCUUCCAUCCUGUCUAUGAUCCACCCCAGGCUCCUCACUCCCGUGCCGUCCCUCAUCUUUACGUGCGUCAUGACCCUGCUCUAUGCCUUCUCCAACAACAUUUUCUCAGUCAUUAACUUCUUCAGCUUCUUCAACUGGCUGUGCGUGGCUCUGGCCAUCAUCGGCAUGAUGUGGCUGCGUUAUAAGAAGCCAGAGCUGGAAAGGCCCAUCAAGGUGAACAUCUGCCUGCCCGUUUUCUUCAUCCUGGCCUGCUUGUUCCUCAUUGCUGUGUCCUUCUGGAUGACGCCGAAGGAAUGUGCGAUUGGCUUUGCCAUCAUCUUCAGCGGGAUCCCUGUUUACUUCUUCGGGGUCUGGUGGCAAAACAAGCCCAAGUGGGUUCUCCAAGGCAUCUUCUCUGCAACAGUCCUGUGCCAGAAACUGAUGGAAGUGGUUCCGCAAGAAUCAUAAGCAGGAAAAGCAGAGACACUCAGCUCGAGGAAACGCACAAUAUUAUUUUAAGACGACACAAGGAGAAAACGCUUCUGAUCCCUCGUAAACAAAACCUAGGCACUGGAGCACCCCGUCGGAGCUGCUUGACGUCUGACACCAUGCCCCUGGCUCUGCCUUGCCUCCUCCAGCCCCUCCGUCACCACCUUUUAGCCUGGCAGAUGAGCAACCCUGUGAUGAGAAGUUCUUGGUACGAACGUGGGCCAAGAGGAGGAAUUCCCGAUGGCAGCUUCAAAGGGGUCCUGCCCGUCUGGCAGCAGCGAGUCGGAUCAGCAUCUGUGUGUGUGUGUGUGUGUGUGUGUAACACUGAGGGCUGUACUUAGUUCUGUGUAGGCUUACUCAGUUUGGGCCUGGGAUCCCCCAGAUGACAGCCAAUCUGCUCAUGAGCCCAGUUUGAGUGUUCCCAGCUGUACAAACGUGCCCGGGGCUGGGGCUGGGACAGUCACAGAGCUGCAGGGUGGUCCUGAGCCCGGCCUACCUGCCUUACCUGGUCCGGGGGCGUGGUUGUGAAGCGAGGGGUGGCUGAUGUUGGCUCACACACACACACACACACACAAACUCAUACCAAAAUACAUGCUGCUGGAUGCUGUGGACUCUGUCCACUGGCAGUGACUUAUGUGAGACAAGGCAGAGCAGAAUUAGUGUCAGAGAAUUGAUGUGGGGAGGCCUCAUCUGACUUUCACUGCGUUCCUGACUAGAGCACUCGGGGUCCCCUGCCACUGUCUGGCUUUUAACUCUCAGAUCCAAGCCAUCUCCCUGCUAUUGAGCCGGUCCUCCGGGAUGCUCUUCACCACAAUGCCCAUCCCGUGGCUCUGUGAAUUAGCACUGGGGCAGGUGCAGGCCUGAGGGUGAAGUUCCUUCUGAUAAACCCAGGGAAUUGCAAUUAGCAGAAGGCCGAGUCCUCGGCUUGCUCACUCCAUGUUUUCCUGUAGCUAAGUGUGAUCCAGCAUGGGAUGAGCAACAUCAACGCUCUCCAAAUGGCCCUGUUCGUUGCCCACCGUGUGAUUCACGUUUGUCCCUAAACCAUUUGCAAAAAGAACAUAAGGGUGGGAUUCCCUUGGCUCGUUCCUGGGGGUCUGUGUGUACACUGCCUGUGGCUGCACCCCUCGUUACGCUGAGUCUCUUCUAGAACGUGCAGUGGGGACGGGACCAACUGGGCCUGGGGGGGUGUAGAAAAGGGCAGAUGUCCCCCCCCGGCUGGCUGGAGCCUGGCUUUCAUCUCAGUCUGCUGUAGAUGGUCUGGUUUGCUCUGAAGAAGCAGAGACUGGGGGCCUGGGCCUGCUUUGUGCAAAGCCACAGCGUCAGGUUUGACUUGGUGAGGAGCCCCCCACCCCGACCCCCUCCCGUUCAGGGAGUGGCCUUUGAGCAUAAACCGUCAUCCGCAUGGGAAACCAUGUUUUGCUGUUGUGGGUGGUGCAGUCCCAUCCCCUGAGCCCACCCAAAAUUCCUCUAGUUCCCAAGUAGUCCAAACUGUCCUCUUUGGAACACGUUGCUUUUUU